AUGUUCUCGCUGCGCGCGCUCGCGGCCGCGCUCCGCGUCUACGCCGUGGGCAUCGCGGUGGCGCUGGCGCAGCUGCUGCGCCGCCUGCGGGGCGACUUCCAGCCCCCCGACCUCCCCCCCCAGCCGGGCCGCGUCGCCGUCGUCACGGGCGGCGCCGAGGGCAUCGGGCUGAGCACCGCGCGGCGCCUGGCGCGUCUGGGCAUGCGCGUCGUCGUCGCCGGGAACGACGAGCGGAAGGGGCGCGCGGCCGUCGACGUCAUCAGGGCGGAGUCGGGCGCCGACAGCGCGCACUUCCUGUUCCUGGAGCUGGCGUCGCUCGCCUCCGUCCGACGCUUCGUCCGCGAGUUCGAGGCCUCGGGGCGGCCGCUGCACGUGCUCGUCAACAACGCGGGCGUCAUGCUGGAGCCGCGCGGCGAGACGGAGGACGGCUUCGAGCGCCACGCGGGCGUCAACUUCCUGGGCCACUUCCUGCUCACGCUGCUGCUGCUGCCGGCGCUGCGCGCGUCCGGGCGGCCGGGGCGGGGCUCGCGCGUCGUCACGCUGGGGUCGGCCACGCACCGCGUCGCCGGGCUGGACCCGCGGGACCUGCGCGGACGGCUCCCGUACUCGGCGCACGCGGCCUACGCGGGCAGCAAGCUGGCGCUCGCGCUCUUCGCCCUGCGGCUGCAGCGCCUCCUGGACGCGCGCGGCGACCCCGUGACCUCCAACCUGGCCGACCCGGGCGUGGCCGACACCGCGCUGUACCGGCACGCGUGGGCGGGGCUGCGGGCCGCGCGGCGGGCGCUCGGGCGGCUGGCGUUCAAGACCCCGGACGAGGCCGCGUGGACCCCGGCGUACGCGGCGGCCGCGGCGGAGCUCGAGGGCGUCGGGGGCCGCUACCUGUACGACGAGGCGGAGGCGGAGCCGGCGGAGGCCGCGCGGAACCGGGCGCUGCAGCGCGCGCUGUGGGCGGAGGCGUGCCGGGCGACCGGCCUGGAGGACGAGACCGCGGGCUGUGUCUGCGAGGCCGGCCGAGGGCGGGCGGGGCCCGGGCGGGCGCUGUCGGGUCCCCUGAGCCGGUUCCUGUGGGACGGACGCGCGUGGGCCGCGCCCGGCCUGUGUCUGAGGGUCCUCGGGCCGCUUCCUGUUCAUAAAACCCACUUCCUGUCCACGAAAAGCCACUUCCCGUCCCCGCGCCCGGCGUUCCCGGCCGCCCCGACCCCCGGGAGCCGCCCCGCCCCGCGAGGCUCCGCCCGGAUCCCACAGAACCGCUGA